AGCUUCUUUAUAUUGCGCCUUUAGAGUAGAUGAAUGUGAAGUUUGACACAGCCUUGAGUUGAAUUAUGCGUGCAUACGAAAAUUUUAUAUUAGGUUGUGUAAUUUUAGGUACAUGGAUUCAUGAAUGAUAGUAAAAAUGUGUGGUUGUUAAUGUAUACAAACUGCAGAAGGGAGGUACAGAUUUGUAUGUUUAGCUAUUAUGACUUAAUUAGGCUAUGUCCACGAUGAACCCAGUUCAAUAUUUUAUUUACAUAUACUUGCCGAGCUUGAAGGCUGUAUUUUUCAGAACAAGGAACAGUUGUGAAUUUUACUGAUGGUGUUUGUCAUCGGCCAUACUAUUUUUCUUCACUUUUCAGUUCUGACUUUCGGUUAUAAAUUCUAAUAAACUUAACUGGCAUACCCUUUUGCAUGCUAUGAUUGUAGUGAUUCUAGGCAUUAUCCUCCAUCUUCAAGUUUGUGGCUAGCUUAGUUCUAAUGUUUUUUCACUUGUUUCUGAUUGCGUUUCCUAUCUUACACGCUUACAUUUUACAUCUCUACUGUCUUUUUACCUCUUUGCUCUGGGUUUUGAUUUUGUUAGAAAAUUGUGCUUGUGAACAUUUAUUUACUCUGAAAAUGUGGCAUUUUUCUGCCAUCUGAUGCCAAAUAACAGAAAGAAUGCACCAAUGAAUGGUAGUUUGGGCUGGAUAAAGGAAUAACUUCAGGGAUGGGAGGUUGCUGCUGUUCUUCCAGAAAAGCUCAUCUGCAUGGAACACCUGUCUAUUACUAUUGUCCACCGAUUCUGGAAGAGCAUGAGUCCUUGAGAUCUCAUGAUGGUGCAGCCUCUGCACUUACUGCUGAAUUCCUGGUUGAUUUUGGUCUGGAUGCAUCAACUCCUGACACUUACCGAGCCCCUCCUGCACCUUUGCCGUAUGAUUUGGUCUUGGGAUAUCCACAAUCAACAGAAUCUGAGUCUGCCAGAGAAACUGUUAGUGGCGAUAGCUUUGAAACUUUGACUACAUGUGAAGAUCUUGAGGAAUCAGAUUGCAAAGCUCAAGCCAAUUCUUUGUGUGUCUCACCAAGGAAGUUAGAAGCUCCAAAUUUUAAUGAACCUAAUGUAUCUGUAGCAAAAGGAGAUAUUUGUCCCAAUGUAUCUGUAGCAGAAGAAGGUGCUUGUCCCAAAGUAUCUGUAGCAGAAGAAGAAGAUGUCUGUCCCAUUUGUCUUGAAGAGUAUGAUGCUGAAAAUCCAAAUAUUAUCACGAGAUGUGAACACCACUUUCACCUCUCAUGCAUUCUUGAAUGGAUGGAAAGAAGUGAUGCAUGCCCAAUAUGUGAUCAGGAAAUGACUUUUGAAAAUAGCUGUAAUUAGUUGCUCAUAUUCUCUUUCAAGACACAAGUUUCUUAGCUGUUUGCAACCAAGCUUGCCAACUCAGUGCCAAAGAUGCAUGGCAGUUGUUUUGUUUUGUAAUUGAUCAUUUGGUGAUGCCCCCCAGAUUUAUUUGUAGUUUGGUGAAAGUCAUAUACAAAAGUGCAAUGUCGUUUAAUUCCAUUGUUCCCAUACCAAAAUUUGAAGUAGAGAAAUUAAGUUAUCGAACGUGUAAAAAUAGUGCCUUGGUCCUCCAUCUCUUCUUCAUUGCUUUAUUCUGGGCCAGUUUUCAGAUAUGUCUCCAGAUUAAUAGGAAUUUAGAUUCAAAGGAAAAGGAAAAUAAUGGCACGGCUGGCUAGCAUGUUGAUUUGCUAGAUUUUCUCCUCCUUGUACAGAUUAUAGUGCUUUUUGUUUGUUUUUGUAUCAGUUGUAUGCAUAGAUUUGUUUUGUCUAUUGUAUAAUAGUUUCGUAUAUAGUCAUUUUAACUUUGGAUGGGUAUGACAUUGGUGAAUUAGAUUGGCUUGUGAAAUGUAUGGAAUGAGAAUGACCAGUUAGAUGUA